UUAAAAAGUUAUAUUAAUUAUAAUUUUUUUAUUAAUCUUAUAAAAUUUGUGUGUCUCUAAUAAUAAGCAAGGCAGAAAAGAAGAAGAAAAGAAUGGCGACAUUGAAAACAAUUUCAGCAGCUUUGGAACUCGUUGAUUCAAAGAAACAGAACCUCAAGAAAGCCUUCGAUGAUCUUCUUCAUUCUCACUCUCAACUCUUCUCUUCUUCUUCUUCUUCUUCUCCUCCUCCUUCUCUUUCUCUCCCUCUCUCAUGGCACCAACUCGAUUCCCACUUCACUUCCCUCCACGACUCCCUCUCUCAACGCUUCCUCCACCUUCAAUCUCUCGAAUCUCAACAACAAACCAAGAACCCUAACCCUAAUCCUAAUAACCCUAACCCUAAUAAUCCUAAUCCUAACGAACCAUCACCAUCUUCCUCUGACCAAAACCCCAAAGUUACACACUUUCCCUCACUACCCAACGAUCCUUCCUCCUCUUCAGAUCCAAUUCGCACCACCGAGAACGUUCCUUCUGGUGCGAAGAGCCACGCCGAAGCGCUAUGUGCAUUGUGCAAGGGCAUGAAUGGGAAAGCGUUGAGGGAUUACAUUGGGGAGAAUAUGAGGGACAAGGCUGUGAUCAAGGCUGAGCUUAGGACUGCGUUGAAGCUUGCACCUGAUCCUGCUGAUAUGGUUCUGGCUUCCAUGGAUGGGAUUUUUGGUGGUGAUGUUGCGGCUAGGUAUACUUUGGAAAUGAAGAAAAUGAAGAGGAGUUGCAAUGUGUUGUUCCAGCAGCUGAGGGCUGUGGGUCCCAAUCUGAGUGACAAAGUGAAGAAGAAGGCGAAGAAGAUUGCUGAUGAUUGGAAAGGAAGCUUGGUGAGUGAGAAUGGUGCUGGUGGUGAUGCAGUGGGCGCAAUGGCUUUCUUGCAUUUUGCGGCUGCUUAUAGUUUGCUUCCUGAGCUGACACUGAAUGAGCUUGCCACUUUCUCGGCUAUGGCUGCUGCUAAUGAUGAGCUCCCUGAGCUGUACCAGAUCAUUGGUUUGACCGAGAAGGUUCCUGCUCUUGUUCAGAAGCUUAUAGAUAAGGGCAAACAUAUUCUGGCUGUGAAGUAUGUUUUUGAGUUUAACCUUACUGAUAAGAUACAACCGGUUCCCAUAUUGGAAGCUUAUCUCAGUGAGUCUCAAAAACUUGCUCGAAGACUUUCUGAGGAAGGGAAGUCAAUGGGUGAGAUCACAGCUAGAGAAAUCCACGCGCUGAAAUCAGUAAUCAAGGUUAUCGAGAAUCAUAACCUUGAUGCUGAAUAUCCACGUGCAGGCCUUGAACAGCGUAUAGAGCAAUUGAAGAAGCAGAAGCCAAAUGUAAAGCAUUCCACACCAGCUUUUGCUAGAAAGCCUCCCCAGCAUAAGCAGCAACAUAGUGGAAACAAGCGUCCUCGAAUGUCUGCUCCAGCUGGGCCAGCAGCAGUCCUGAAUAAUGUCAACAGUGCUGGUUCAACCAUCCAUCAGUACCAACAACCUCACUUCCAUUCAACAGGUUUGUUGCCAGAAAAUUCAAAUCCAUACAUGAGAGCCACGCCUUAUGGCAUGGUGGCCCCAGCCCCAAGCAUCUCACCUUACCAAGGUGCUUCAACUGGGCCUUAUGGUCUUGCUGGUGUCCCAAUGGGUCCCAGUGUGAACCCUGGUCAAAGUGGUUCUCAUCUGAAUUCUUCCGAGCCACAUGUACCAUCUGGUUAUUAUGAUGGUACUGCCUCUGCCUAUGGUGGUUAUGGUCUACAACAUUAUUACCAACCAUCUUAUCCCCAGUAGACCAAGAGCUUUCUUUUUGGUAUUAUAGUUUCUUGGCGAUUUGUUUUGCUGGAAUUUGGUUAUGAUAGCGUUGCUUGCUUUGUUGACCUCCCUGGUCAUCGGACAAGAACUAAAUACAGUAAUUAAGACUUGCAAGGGAAUGUUGAGUUUCGCAAGUUUAAUUCCUUAUAACAUUUUACCUCUACAGUUUUCCUUUUAGGUUAAAAUUUGAAUUAUGGUCUUUAGA